AACAGUUUUUUAUAUGUCUGAUAACUUCUCUUUUGUUUUAAAGUUUAUGUGUAUGUAUUGUGUACGAGUACGCGUGUGUUUGAUUGGCUGUUUGGUUUAGAGUACAUAUGAACGACAAACUCGAAACUACUUUAGUGCAAAAGAUAGCAGUUAUUCGUAAUAUUGAUUUGUCUAUAGGAUUCUAGGGAUUUGUGCGGACCUUUAACCUCUUGUGUUCGACUGUCUGUUUCUGUAUUAAAUUAGAGAGCAAAUAAAAUUCAAGUAUGUUAUCCCCUUUAUAGUCAUCCGUUUAAAGAUUAUGUAAUUUUUUGGAACUAAAAAUCAUAGAUGGCUGGAAGUAAUCUCCGGGAUACUCUAGACUUAAGUUUUAUGCUAGUUAGGACUUGUUAGGAACGAGCAUGCUCACUCCCUAUCGGGUUUAAACUAAAGUCACUCAGCCGUACAGUGUAUGACGUUACCACUGAGUUAUUCAGACCGAGAUGUUUGUCAGCCGUUAUAUAUAAUGAUAAGUAAUGUGUUCAGUUAUGUUUUGAUGAUUGUGGCUUUUUGAUCUAGGAGUUAAUUCUGUUUUAUUUGUGAGUUUGUCGUAAUGCAGUUUGGCAGAUAAAACCAUAACUAAUCGCUUUGGAAAUGUUACCAAAAAGUUAUGUAGACAGUAUUGGGGUCAGCUUUUGCUUCGGUUAUUUUUACCUCUGAGUCACAUCAAAGUUCAGAUUGUGAUCAUUAUCGUGAAUUCUCCCUAUAAUCCUAAGAGACUUGAUACAAUCAGCGGAUCACUUAGAGAUGGGCCAGACAUAAUAGUUGACAAUAAGAUAAGUAACUAAAGUAAGAUCAUACACUGGUAAUAAAAACGUCGAAAAGUUCAGUUUAAAUCCUAUCACAACUUAAUUAGAUUUCAUUUUUUUAAAGUACGUUUCUAUUUUCUUAAUGUAAGUAGAUUAGAACUAUGAGAGGAUCGCCAUUGAUUUAAAUUAUGAAUCAUAUCUAAUAACAUCUAAGUUCAUUGGUUUGCACUAUCUCUGAGACCUUAUUAAAGGAGUCGCUAUAGGUCCACAAGUGCUAUCAUUUAUAAACUUUCUUCUCUGUUAUUCUCUACACAUUCUCAGAGUUAGCUGCAAAGAAGGUGUACCACUUUAAAAAAAAACUAAAAAUGAUUUUCUCGAGAAUACGAUUUAUAAAUAUGUGAUUCGAUGUACAUACCAAACCUCUUAUCAUUACUAGCUUAUAAGACUUUGAACUUAAUAUAUAGAUUUACCAAGUUUUUCUCAAUUUAGGUCUGACAGCAAAUAUUCUAAAAAUAUGAAAUUAACUGAACUUUUAUACCGUGGAAAGCGUUUACGUCAUGAUAAACUCCAGUUCUUGACUAAUCGUUAUUGGAAUCAAAAAGGUUCACAUUUGAAGGUUUCCCGUUUACGUUUUCCCGAAGAAGUUGCCAAUAGUUCAAAUAGUCCUUUAAUAAAAGCAGAAAAUAUGUUUAAAUCAACUAGAUAUGAUGAUGCACUUUCGAACGAGAUUGAAAUAGGAAUUACUGCAGAUGAAGCUAAACAUUUAGAGCAACAGAAAUCUGAAAGACUUCAGUGUUUUCAUCCCCUAUUCGGAGAUGUUCGCUUUCACCAAGAUUGUCAGCCAUCACUAAUCUUUUCCAGUAAACGACGUUUCUCAAAGGAUGUAGCUCAAGCUAGUCUUCUAACAAAUACUGUCGUUACAUUGGGUGCUCCACCGACAUUAAAUAAUCUCUUUAAUAAAAUUAAUGAAUUAAAUAAACUUGUUGAUACAGAUAAACCAAUUGCAGAGUGGAGAUCUUCCUUACGUCUAUCUGUGGAACGGUCAAUUCUACAUGCUCAUGUUUGGCAAACGGAUGAAACUAAAUUGCCUCGUCGAUUUCACCAACAGUCAAAUGUUUGGAAACAUAAACCUGAGUAUGGAAUCCAUCCGGAACAGAGUACUCGUUAUCUGUUCCACAAUCUAUUUCGUAUUUUGGAAUUUCAAGCCCCUUAUUAUAUGAAUUAUACUGGUCUAACUCCUAUCGAGAACCAGCUUUCUGAUAAUUUGCCUUUCCGCUGGACCACACGAGAUCGCCUGUUGGAAACAUUCUACUACUGGGGUCCAGAAAAACGUCGGAUCAGUUUUUCAGAACAACAUGAUUUGGUAGUUAUGGGUCAGACGCCAGCCCCUCUCUUUCUGAAUAAUCAUGAUACUAUCCAAAAAUUCAGUAAGAUCGCUACAUUACCAGUUGCAAGCUUUGGUCCUAUGUCACCUUUAAUUGAUCUUACCAGUACUUUGUAUUAUCGUGAAGACAGUACUAAUGGAUGGCUUGAAAAUCAAAAUCGUCGUUAUGCAUUUCCGCAUAUUUUCACAGUAAAUUUCAGUGUACCAAAUGUUUGGUCAGAUUAUUUGGAGCCAGAAGCGGAUCCUGUUAUCCCUGAACAUCGAUAUGCAAUAGCAAUAAUGAAUUGUUUUGCGUCUGCAGUUGCCCAAGCUCGUUCUAUGGGAAUCAAUGAAGGGAUUCUUGAUAAGCCUUUGUGUGUUCAAUGUGUUUGCUCUGAUGGAGUAUAUUUUGAUUUUGUUACAUUUCAGUUAAAUAAUAUGGAUGUACCUGAUUAUAAGCUUAGUCAUAAUUUAGAUCCUACUGCACCCAAAAAUUUUGCUUGGAUUGACGGAAACUAUCGUUUAUUCCAAAAACUUAUACCUAAAAAACGCAUGAUGCGUAAUACAAAAUAUCGUGAUAUAAAUAUGAGUGUAUUUGAUCGCCUCUCAAGUUACUAUUUAUGUGGACUGAUCAACACUUCCUUUAACAUAAAUGAAUCCUUAAUCCCUGAACUAAAUACAAUUAACAACCAAAUCCAUGAAUAA